AUGAGUGACAGUCUUAAGCCGAGUGGUGCAGAGCGAGGCCGACCAGUGCCGUCCGGUUCUUUCGGACACCGGCGCACUGAAUCAGAGGUAUCUGCUUCGCCUUCGAGAGCCUCUGCGACUGCAAAGCUAGCCACACCCGUCGCUGGAUCUCCAUCUGGCAGUUCGAAACUCUUGCCAGCUGGGCAUUUCCAAGGCACGGACAUACCACUAGCAGGCGCAACUGGAAGUUCUGUCCCGGGACCGGGAACUUCUUCAUUAUCACAGGCACUACGAGGACAAUACGGCCAGUCUCCUCCACGAUUUGGUACCAGUAGCCGAGGACAAGAACGGCACACCAGUCCGAGCGGUAGGAAUACGCCCAGCUCGUACAAUGCUCAACUCGGACGAAGUCCAAGAGGCAGAGAGGAUAUAGAUGUGCUGAAAAGGCAUUUGGCAGGCCUACAGGGCGACUCUGAGCCGGGAUCAUUCACGCGCGGUGGCCAGUGGCCUGGCGAAACGCAAGAGACCGGACCAAGCACCGCAGGAGAAGGUGAAUUUUCGAGUCUACAACUGCAAGGUGGUGAUACUACACGACAUAUCUACCGCUAUGCUGAAAGACGCGAAAGGGAGCAAGCUGAGGUCGAACAGCGAGAGACGGGCCGCAUGACGAGGAGUUUGAGUGUGACUGCUCUGCCUACACGUGAUGCAGAUGAGGAGAGCAUACAUCAGGUCAAAGUGCCGGGUGGUUUUCGUCGAGACCACCUGCGCCGCACAGCACUUUCUCCUGCACCAUCAAAUACACGCCGACCAAACUACGGUACGAAUGGUCGUGCUUUCACCGAGCCUGCGAGACCACAAAAGCAGUUCGUGGCCAGCGAUUUUAUCGAGUUUCUCACACUGUACGGCCACUUCGCUGGUGAGUCGCUGGAUGAGGAUGAUGAGGCACUCGGUCCAGACGAGUACUUUUCUUCGGACAACUACGACACUGCUACGGAAGCAGAGGAAGGCCGCUCGGAUGAUGACUGGGGCGAAGACUCGGCGCUAUUGACACCUGGCAAGCGGAAGAGGAGGAGAAAGGCUCGUGAAGCUGGUAAAGGCACACCUUUCGGCGCAGCCAUGCUUCUACUGAAAUCGUUCGUCGGGACUGGUGUGCUCUUCUUACCACGCGCAUACUUGAACGGUGGCAUGCUCUUCUCCAACCUUGUCCUUCUCGCGAUCGCCUUACUAAGCUACUACUGCUUCAUUUUGCUCGUCUCCGUCCGUCUAAAGGUCCACGCCUCCUUCGGCGACAUGGGCGCUCAGAUCUACGGCAACUACUUCCGGAACCUAAUCAACUUCUCUCUCGUUCUGAGUCAGGUCGGUUUCGCAUCAGCCUACAUUGUGUUCGUUGGCGAGAACCUGCAGGCUUUCGUCCUCGCGGUCACAAGAUGUGCCACCAGCAUACCCACUACCCUACUCAUUUUGAUCCAGAUGGUCAUUUUCCUGCCAUUGAGCUUGUACCGCAAUAUCAACAACAUACAGAAGAUGGCUCUCAUCGCCGACCUAUUCAUCGUGCUUGGACUGAUAUACAUUUACUACUACGACGUCAAAACUAUGGUCGACCGUGGCGGCAUCGCAGACAUUAAACAGUUCAACCCCCAAGACUGGCCACUGCUCAUCGGCACGGCGGUCUUCACGUUUGAGGGCGUAGGACUCGUCAUACCCAUCCAGUCCGGCAUGAAGGAUCCUAGAAAGUUCCCAAAAGUGCUAGGCUUGGUGAUGAUCAUCAUAUCAGUGAUCUUCAUCUCAGCUGGCGCUGUCUCUUACGCUGCUUACGGCUCCAAGACCAAGACGGUCAUCAUCUCCAACUUGCCGCAAGACGACAAGCUCGUGAACGUGGUGCAAUUCAUCUACAGCUUGGCUAUCCUGCUUAGCACGCCACUGCAGAUAUAUCCUGCGAUCGAGAUUACGAGUCAGCAAUUGUUUAGCAGGACCGGCAAGUACAAUCCGUGGAUUAAAUGGAAGAAGAAUGUUUUUCGCUUCUUUAUGGUCAUGCUCUGCGCAGCUAUCGCAUGGUUUGGCGCGAAUAAUCUCGAUAAGUUUGUCAGUUUGGUCGGAAGCUUCGCUUGUAUACCAUUGGUAUAUAUCUAUCCGCCACUGAUGCACUACCGUGUCGUUUCCACCCGGACCUGGCAGAAAGUCGUCAAUGUAUUCCUGGUCAUCUUCGGCUUUGCGAUCAUGGCGUACACAACGACUUUGACCGCUGUUAGCUGGGCACAUGGAUCACAAGCGAAGCCGCCGGGCUACUGUGACGAGCUGUGA